GCGAAAGACGACAACGAUGGUGAUAAUUAUGUAGGAAUAACAGGCGCUAAUGCAAGGGCGGCUCGGCCCGCAAAUGCUCUGAUAACGCAGAAGCUCAAAAAUAUUGGAGCUGACUCUGAGGGAACACAACGUUAAUAAUCUUUUCUAGGACAACAAUAAGUUUCUUGCUAAUUCAAGACUUUCUUAUUAUAAUUCAGAGAACCAGGGAACCUUCGAAUGCACCUGUCUAUAUAGCGGUAAAGAAAAAAACACCAUGGGACCUUUUGCUCUCCCGGUGCCGGGCUAUCGCCUCGGUGCACACCACCGCAUGAACAAGCGCAAGAAGACAGAUGAUAACCAAGAAAAUGAGGAGGAAGUCUGGGUCGAAUCUGACUGGAGCACGCCCUCCUCGCGUCUCCCCCCAGACUCCAUCAACCCCCUCAGCCACACGCCAGAUACCCUCCGGCAGUUUGCCGUUGCCGGACUGUCGCCUGCAGACGAGAUACCCUCCAAGGCAAACCCCCUAUUCCCGCACAAGCCACUCCAGCCAGAAGGCAAGCGACGCAGGAAGCGCAACGCCGGCACAGACGAUGAUGAAAAUGCCGUCGCAGAGAAGCGGGACAAGGGCACUACGUCAAAGCAGCAGCACUCGGAGCGCCUAAAGCAUCUAAGCACGUUGACAACGAUCCUGCACCGCUGUCUCGGCGAGGGCGAUAUCGCGCGUGCGAAGCGUGCCUUCGGGCUGCUAGUGCAGACCAAGGACGUGGACAUCCGCCAGGCCGGGCUAUGGGCCGUAGGCUCCGAGAUCCUCAUGCGAGACGGGGAGUCGCAAGAAGAAGAAGACCAGCUCGGACGUAAAAAACAGGGACAAGCCAACAACGAACUACGCCGCUGGGGCUCUGCCGCCAACGUCGACAAGGUGAAAUCCUACUUCGAGACCCUGAUCCAGCAACACCCGCACGACCCGCACCGGCCGCAGCUCACCAGCGCGCUGGACUUCUGGCCCGCGCUCUUCGGCAUCGAGGUGUAUAAUAUCGAUGCCGAGAUGCGCGCUGCGACGCAUCGCCUGCAGCAACAACAACAGGACCAAGAAGAAGAAGACGAGGGGUACGGGUUGGACGUGGACGUGGACGUGGCGUACCCGGAAGAGACGUUCGAAUCGCACAGGGAGCUGCUCCAAGACCAAAGACGACGGGAGGCAGCCCACGCGGCCCGCGACGAGAUACGCACGCGCGCGCUAGUCGCCGCCGAGGCAGUCGCCAAGCAAAUGGACCAAGUGAUGGAAAACGCGCCGUACGGGGCGCACCGCGGAUUACUGCGGCUGCGGGCGCAUCUAGCGCUGUUCGUGGGGGAUUUGUGUCUGCCGGCGCGGCUUAUCGACGACGACGACAACAACAACGAUAUCUACACGUCUGAAGAAGACAAGAAAAAGAAGAAGGAGAAGCGAAAGAAAAAAGGUAAAGGCAAAGGCAAAGGAGAGGAUGAACUACGAGCACGCGCCGAGACGGCGGAGGACCACGCCGCGCUGGCGAGGAGGAGGGACGAGCAGGAUAGGGCGAGGAUGCUGUUUCGGAAGGUGUUGGAUGGUGGAGGGGAGGGGGAGCCUGAAGGGGAAGGGGGGGCGGAUAGUUGGGUGCGGAAGUUUGUGGGCGAGGGUGAGGGUGAGGAGGAUGAGGAGAUGGAUGGGUGGUAG